UUUGACUUGCUACUGUGACUUUGAAAAUGCUAUUUGCUAUUGAACUAUGUAAAAUGAUACUCCAACUUUUGCUUUCUUGUCCAAGUUCUCUCUGCAUGAGCUUCCAUAGGACUCUUCUAAGCCCCUGGGUAGAGUGGGGCUGGGGAGGCAGAGGCGAUUCUUAACUCCUCCCUGUCCCCUUCCUCAGCAGAGAGAGGCAGGCAGACAGACAGACACCCUGUGCUUUCCCAGGGUUCAGCAAGGCUCCUCUCUUAGGUGACUUCCUCCGUGGCACCCUCCCCCUCCCAGAGAAGGGUCCGGCUUCUGUGUCAUCAGGCAGCGCCCGCUUUGUGCCUGCCUUGGUUUCCACACAUCUCUCCCAUUUCAGUGGGUGGCACCCAGGGCCAGGGCUCUGCGGUGUGGCCUGAAUGUGACCAUGACCCCUUUUCUCACUUUCUCAGCUUCUUCAUCCCAGUCUGGUGGCCCAGGGUACAUGGUAGAAGCCUUUCUGAGAGAUUUCUGAGAGAUAUCUUAGUGAGGAGCUGGCUGGGAGAGUUUUGGGGCAUGGAUGGGGUGCAGAGGCAGAUUCUGGCGUGCGUGUAGGAGGUCUGGAUCCGCGGCUGUUCUGGUGGUGGGAGCAGGACAGGAGCAGGAAGCAACGUCCAGGCCCCGGUGCACAGGAUGCAGGGCCAAGGUAUCUGAAGGGCUGCGGGACCGCCAGAUUACAGGGCGGCCCUGGAGAAAUGGAAGCUCCAUCCGCACCAAAACCUGUCCACGGAGCCUCAUUGUGUUCUCAAUCAUCAGAAACGGGAAACAAGCCAGCUGCCUUUCAGCUGGUGAGCAGAGGCUGUGCAGUGGGGCACUACUUGGCAAGGAAAGGGAACAAACGACCAAGACAGGCAGCAUCCCGGCUAAGCCCCCGAUGGCAGUCAGCUAAGGGAAGGGACACAGACCGCCCUCUGUGAUUGCAUUUAUGAGGCUCUCUGGAAGCAAAACUGCUGGUCAAUGAACAGGCGUAGUUCCUCCCACCCUGGGGCCAGGGCGGGAGGAGUGGUUGACCGUAGGCUGGCAGGAGGGAACCUUCUGGGUGGAUGGAGAUGUUUUACAUCUUGAUUAUUACAGUGGCUGCGUGGCUCUGUGCAUUUGUCAAAAUCCAUAGAAUUGUAUGCUAGAAAAAGGUGAAAUUUGCUAUGGGUAGUUCUUACCUCAGUAAACCUAAAUAAAGCAAACACAAUGAUGACAAAAGGUUUCAGCCUGGUCAGUAUUUGUGGUGAUGCUGUGGCAGCAGGAAAGUUACCAGUGUGGGUCGUAGAAGGAGGUUCAGGGGUGCUCUCCCACACGGGGUGAACGGACACCUGUGUUCUCUCGUGAGGCCCUUCCUGCCUGCAGGGAAGCGCCACGGGUGAGUCGGCCCAUCCAGCACGCUGUGGAGGAGCCAUGGAUGUCACAAUGGAGAAGACCCCCAGAUCACACAUGCUCUCCCCUCAUGCCAGCAGCCUGUGGCCAUCUCCCCAAUGGGGAGAAGGGAACAGGGUGGAACAGAACUGAAUCAGAGGCUGAAUUUCAGAGCUGGCUCUGUCACUUGCCAACUCAGCGUCUCAGAGCCUCAGUUUCCUCAUCUGCAAAAUGGAUACAACAGCCCAUACCUCACAGAGCCGGAGCCAGAUUUCACACUGAGCAGCUGCAGACGGAGAAAUCAGAGAAAGCACAAGCCAGCCACAGAUUCCAGGGCCUGCGGGAGACUCUCCUCCCACUCAGAAGGAAGACCCCGAGGCGACCGUCUCAAGCCAGGUCUUGCUGCCAUGGGACCCACGACCGCCGCCCACUGGCUGCCCUCCGCACUGCCGGGCAGAUAAGGGUGAGCCCUGCCCGGAGCACCUGCCAGCACCUGGCCACUCCCCCGAGGCCAGCCCUCCUCACUCCGGGCUCCCUCUGCUGACCUGAGGCCAUGUAGACCCUCCUCGGGCCUCUGUGAGCACACACACCUCUGGGGACGCACGUCUGUUCUCUGCGAGACCCAGCGCACCACCAUGCCCCAGGGAUUCGCCUGGCUGCGCUAUCUUGGGAUCCUCCUCGGCCUGGCCUUGGGAAAUGAGGGCUUGGAGCCGUGGCCCUUGACCCAGAGCGACGCGUGCGCCGUCACUGGCUUCCUGCGGGACAAGCUGCAGUACCAGAACCGCCUUCAGUACAUGAAACACUACUUCCCCAUCAACUACAGGGUCAGUGUGCCUUAUGAGGGGGUGCUCCGAACAGCCAACGUCACGAGGCUGCAGCGGGCCCGGGUGAGCCAGCAGGAGCUUCGGUAUCUGUGGGUCCUGGUGAGUCUCAGUGCUACUGAGUGGGUGCAGGAGGUGCUGCUCGAGGGCCACCCGUCCUGGAAGUACCUGGAGGAGGUGCACACGCUACUGCUGGACGUCAAGCAGGGCCUGCGGGGCGUGGAGGUCAGCCCCCAGGUGGAAGCAGUGUUGAACCUCCUGAGUGCGCCGGGAAGCCUGAAGCUGGUGCGGCCCAAAGCGCUGCUGGACAACUGCUUCCGGGUCAUGGAGCUGCUCUACUGCCCUUGCUGUAAAGAAAGCUCUGUGCUGAACUGGCAGGACUGUGAGGCGCCUCAGCCUCAGCCUUGCAGCCCGGCCUCGGCACAGUCUGAGGCCGCCCAGCUGUACCCUCUGCCCCAGCCGCCCUCCACCUCCCUGCCCCGCGUCCUGGGACCCUCGGCUGGCCCCCCUGCUCAGUGAAGCUGCUGAGGGCACAGGGCGAAGGCUUCCUGCCCGGAGGUGCCUAGGGUGACCUGGGGGGCAGCUGGAGGAGCUGCAAGAGACGGACUGGGCCCGAGAUCUCGGGUGGUGGUGGGGAGCAUCUCCCGGAGAGGAGGCCCCGAAGUGUUUUCCUUUGAGGACAGAGCCUGAGAAGCGUGCAGCUCCCCCUCCUGUGGUCUCGCUGGGAGCGGCGGGGGCCGGGGCACCUGAAGGUCGAUGAAGGCAGAGCCUCUGGCUGCUCCUGGCACUGUCCCCGAAGGCAGCGCCAACCCUCUCCUGAGUCAGGCGGUGGGAGCGGUACCAGGUGGGUGUGGGCGGCGCCCGGCUCAGCAAGGCCGGGGCGGGGGCAGCAAAGCUGGGACAAGGGCAUGGCCGCCAAAUGCCACGACUUGCCAUAGUUUCUUUUAUUUUUUCUAUUAAACACCGCUUUGUUUUGG